AUGCCGUCUAACCAGUCGAUUCUCACCGAAGCGCUGUCGCCGGAGCCACCCAUUUUGGCAGCCGCGACUCCUCUCCGUUGUGCACUAUUCCAGCCUUCGUUGAUGACACCACCGGAACCGUUGGACUCAAAGGACGACGCAGAGCAUAAAGCAACCCUCAGCCGCCUGAAUCCGCCGCCGUUUGCAGGAGAUCGGAGCUCGCUGCCGCCGCCGUUGGGGUGGAUGAAACAAUUAAAAGAUAUAAUGGGUGGUUUUAAUAAUGCAAUUGUUGUAGGACUAGUGAUUUCUCUAGUAGCUUGUCAUGUGAACCUAAGCAAUGGCCAUGGCGGGAAUGAGAAUAACCACGGCAGCCUGUUGUUCUCAGCGGCAGCGCAGGUUUUCUGCGGGCCCAGCAGUUACAAGGAAGCCUGCAUACGGAGUUUAGGGUCUAUAUCCAACAAGCCGAGCGUUACUCCAAAAGACCUCAUCCAUGCCACUAUUCAAUCCAUCAUCACACAUGUCAGCGGAGCGCUACACAUGUCAGGCAGCAUUGCCGCCAAUUCCUCGAGCUCCCACAAAAUGUGGAUGGAGGACUGCAAGGACUUGCUGCAAUUCGCGGUGGACGAGCUUCACUCUUGCUUUUCUGUGGUUGAAGAGACCCAUUUGAAGUCCAUACAUGAAAGGCAAGCUGAGCUCCUCAACUGGCUGAGCGCCGUUGUCUCAUACCAACACACUUGCCUUGAUGGCAUCUUUGAUUCUGAUCUCAAGAAUAAGAUGUUGUCUACUGGCCUGGAUAGCGCAAACCAGCUCGCUAGCAACACGCUCGCCAUCAUCACUUCCAUGUCCUCGAUCUUUAGUGCCUUCAAAAUCCCUUUUAAGAUCGGAUCUGGUGGCAUUGGUGGUCAUAGUGGUGGUCUCAAUCUUGAUCUUGGUUACGGCUUCUCUUCUCAUUUUGGUCUAGACGGCGGCCUGCGUAAUGCUCUAAGUGGAAGCCCUGCCACACCUUCCUCCGAACCACUUGAGGAGACAUCCAAAGAAGAGACUAGUACUAAUGCUGGUACUGGCUAUAAAUAUCCACCAUGGUUUUCUUCUUCAGACAGAAAGCUAUUUGAAUCCGACAAUGACGCCAACAGUUAUUUGACUCCGAAUGCAAUUGUGGCCAAGGAUGGGAGUGGAAACUUUAAAACCAUUGGUGAGGCUCUGGCUGCCUACCCCAAGGACAAAAAGGGUAAGGGAAGGUAUGUUAUUUAUGUCAAGGCCGGGAUAUACCGGGAAUAUCUUGCUGUCACAAAGGAUCAAGUCAAUGUAUUCAUGUAUGGAGAUGGACCCCGGAAGACGAUCAUCACCGGUAGCAAGAACUUCCGCGAUGGCGUCUCCACAUUCAGGACUGCCACAUUCUCCGCUAUUGGAGAAAGGUUUGUAGCCAAGUCAAUAGGAUUUCAGAACAGGGCAGGACCAGAGGGACACCAAGCAGUGGCGCUACGAGUUCAGUCAGACAUGUCGGCCUUCUAUCACUGUAGAAUAGAUGGCUAUCAAGAUACGUUAUAUGUGCAAACCCAUCGCCAGUUCUACCGCAACUGCAUCAUAUCGGGCACAGUAGACUUCAUCUUUGGCGACGCUGCAGUGGUCAUCCAAAAUUCUCUGAUCAUCAUAAGAAAGCCGGGGCCCGGGCAGAAGAACGCAGUGACCGCUCAAGGUAGAGUUGACAAGCAUCAGACAACGGGCAUAGUAAUCCAGAAUUGCAGGAUUGUGCCGGAACAAAAACUCUUUGAGGAGAGAUUGAAGGUGCCGACAUACUUGGGAAGGCCGUGGAAGCAGUACUCGAGGACGGUGAUAAUGGAGUCGACAAUUGACGACUUGAUCAAGCCGGUAGGUUGGCUGGAAUGGGAUGGGGAAUUUGCGCUGGACACAUUGUACUACGCGGAGUAUGCAAACAGAGGCGCAGGAGCGGCGACGGAGCAGAGGGUGAAGUGGAAGGGAUACAAGGUGAUCAGAGACAGAAACGAGGCCCUCCAAUUCACGGCGGCUAACUUUAUUCAAGGAGACGUGUGGUUGAAAAACACCGGGGCACCCUACUUCCUCGGCUUCAAACACGUCAAGUGACUGGACUUGUUUGAAGUGAGUGCAUUUAAGUACAAGUAUACGUAUGCAUGUAUGUACGUAUAUGUCUGACUCCGAGGAUAGAGAGGAUGGAUGUCGUGUCCAUAUUCCCUCCCCACCUCGCCCUUUCGGUUUCCCUGAAUGCUCGAAUAUUCCUUUUUCCUCCCUCUUUCUUCAGACUUGAGCUCUUGGAUUAUACAUCUUCAUCCUUUGUUUCGUCUUCCAAGUUCCAAUAUAUAAUAUCCAAAGUGCCGCAGGCUCCUCUGAUAGUAUUCCUCAAAUAUAAUGUACUCAUCAAAUAUCUAGCUAUCUACAUAUCUGAACUAUUAUGCCAGAUAUUUGUGUUUUAUUUGGUUGGUAAUGGAUUGAUCAAGUGCACAUCUUGCAAUGCAGUCAUUGAAUAAGACUAUUUUUAAUGCAUUUGUUACUCUUUUAAGUUACACAAACACGCAGAGAAAAAGACUAGAGUUUGGAAUGGGAAAGUGGAAAACAAAAGAAUACUAAGUUAGCAGACAAAUAUUUCAA